AUCUGGGAUACCGGACUCCAAGCACACACAUUACAUACAUUCAUUCAUACAUCGUACAUAUGUCAAGUGCAGGGGGCCAGGAACAAAGCUAGAAGACGGCGUCGUCAGCGGGAGCGCCACUAGAAUCAGCAGCAGCAGCAGAGGCAACAUACGCUAAUUUGAUUGCUCGACGGCGGCUGCGGCAGCAACGGCGUCGUCGGCGGUGGUCACGGUGACGACAACAGCAACAACAACAACGACACCAAUAGCAACAGCAGCAACAGCAACAACAAUAAGCUGCAAAAACGGCUUUGGAGGCGUCUCUGCUCUGGUGUCCUCUUCGGCGUCCUGCCAGCGGCUGUGACGGAGGAGACCACCGCUCCUGCUCCCCUGGCUACUGCUGCUGUUGUUGCUAUUGUGGCUAUUGGUGGCGGCAGCAGGUACAACAAUGAUAAGAACCGAUUCACAGACAUAACACAUUGCGGAGGAGGUUGAGAAGAACGGCAUGGUGAAAAUGGAAUCCACGGAAGAACAGGAUCGAAAGUUAGUCUUGGAGUUUUGCCAUUUGCUAGAGAAAUCCAAGCAGCUCUUUAAUGGGCUGAGGGAUCUGCCACAAUAUGGUCAUCGGCAGUGGCAAGCGUAUUUCGGACGCACCUUCGAUGUGUAUACGAAAUUGUGGAAAUUCCAGCAGCAACAUCGCAUGGUGCUCGACUCCAAGUACGGACUGAAACGCUGGCAAAUUGGCGAGAUAGCAAGCAAAAUUGGCCAGCUCUAUUAUCACUAUUACUUAAGAACCAGCGAAACCAACUACCUGAAUGAGGCGUAUCAGUUUUAUGCGGCAAUACGUGGACGUGCGUAUUAUUCGCGUGCAGCCAAGGAGGAUCGGCCGGAUCUGAUGGUGAAAAAGCUGCGCUACUAUGCCCGCUUCAUAGUCGUCUGUCUGCUGCUCAAGAAGAUGAAGCUGGUGCGGGAGCUGGUCACCGAACUGGAGAAGCAGAUCCAGGAGUACACCAACACUUUUCUCAGCUACGAGCCGGAGGAUCAUUUGGAAUGGUCGCUGGUCCUCGAGGAAAUCAAAGGCUUCAUCAAGGCCGAGGCAGCUGUGGCCGUACUCCAUGCCGAUUCCAAUCCCAUCAUAUUAUCGCACAGUGGUUCCGGUUCUAGGUUAUCGCCGCUGACAACGCCGCCCUGCGAGCGGUCGCCGCACAUGACGCUCAGCCUGCAGGAGAUCCUCAUUGUGGGCUCUGCCUGUGAGCAGGCCAAGUUCUCGGAGCUCACCAUGGACAUGUUCCGCAUGCUGCAGACGCUGGAGCGAGAGCCCACGGAAUCGGCCACGAAUCCGCUGAGCAUGGCGCACGGCCUGCAUGGACACGAUGCCAGUCCGGCGGCCAGUCGCAUACCACCUUAUGGUGUGCCAGGAUCCAAGGGUUACCAGGAGAAUGGCCGUCACUUUCGAGACAAUCCUCACAAGUAUCUACUUUACAAGCCUUCGAUUAGCCAGCUGAUGGUCUUCCUCGCCAGCGGCGUUCGGGAACUGCCACUGGGUGGCGCCUUACUCCUGUACAUGUCCGCGGACGGCUGUUUCUCCACCACAAAACAUCCCGAAGAUUUUGGCUAUGAGCUGGGCGGCGUUGCCACCUGCGCCAAGCGGGACAGCGUCGAUGGUGGGGGAUUGUCAUGCCGCGGGAAAUCGUACAAGGAGAACCACUGCCUAUAUCCGGGUGAUCUCUAUCCGUUCACACGCCGGCCCAUGUUCAUUGUCAUCGAUUCGGACAACUCGUUCGUCUUUCAGCACAUACCCCGCUACUUUGGCCAGCCGCUGGUCGUGCUCAUGUCACCGCAAGAUGUACCAUCCGCAUUUCAAGCUGAUGUCCAGCAUCAUGGCUCGCUGUUUACGUUGUUCCUGCACUCCCCGCUCACGGCCCUCUGCUACAUUUGCAAUGUGGGCGAUGUGCCCAUCCAUCAUUGGGAACGCUGCCAGACCUAUGUGGAUCGCUUUAUCACAGAGGCCUCGCGCCUGGUCACGCGUUGCCGCAUGGAUGAGAUCGAACAGGGCAUUGGCUGUAUAGACUCAUCGUAUGUUCAGUUCUUUGGCGAUGAUUUUCUGCGCACACUCAUCUUACGUUUCGUCUUCUGUGAUGUGGUGCUGCGUCUGCAUCGUGGAUUCCGUGGCAGACACAUGCGACCGCGCUGCGAGCCCCAGCUGCCGGCCAGCGAGCUGCUGGAGCAUCCAUCGCUAUCGCACAUUGUCUUUCAGCUGGCCUCGGCGCUCGAUGUGCGCGGCCACUUCUCGGAGGGGCCGGAGUGCGACUGAUGACUUACACUGGCCAUAGUCUUAGUCCUAGCUUUAGUCUUAAUUGUCUGCCUGCGACAGCAGCUCCACCAGAUCCUUUGUUCACACUUUUCCGCUUUAAUGCAUUUGCUGUACAAUAUUUUUCCGCAUGUUUGCACUUGGAGCUGGCACGGGAUCUGGGCUUGAGCUCCACGGGGGUCUUUUGGGGUUUCUACUCAUAUAUAUAUUUUUUUUCUAUUUUGGGGGUUAAGUUUCCUAACUGCUGGCUGCUGUCCACGCAAGGGCGUCACGUAAUUC